CGAGCCAGCCGGCCCCGCACUCUGCAGCGCGGGGAGCGAGGGGGGCGCGCAGAGCUGGCACGUGCCCAGGCCGAGCGGCGCGGGGCAGGGCAGGGCAGGGGCAGGCGCGAUGCCCCCGGGCUCAGGUCGGGAGCCCCCAGCCCGGCUGCUCCUGCGGUGGCCUCGCGCAGCAUCCCCCCGCCGAGGAGGCUCCCCGAGGCGCAGGUUACAUUUUUUCAUGCUUGCUGUGAGGGAUGUUGUUUUAGGAUCAUCGCACAGGAUGAAAGUAACAGACAGAGGCAAACCUUGGUUGCUCAUAUUUCUCUUCAGUUUAUGCCUGGCUGUUCUUCCCACCAGUAGUGCCUGCCCUAGGCUCUGUGCCUGCUAUGUCCCCACUGAAGUACAUUGUACUUUCCGGUACCUCACAGCCAUUCCAUCACGCAUACCCCAAAAUGUGGAACGCAUCAAUCUAGGUUACAACAGCUUGGUUAAACUCACUGAAACAGACUUUUCUGGCUUGAAGAAACUGGAGUUGUUGAUGUUACACAGCAAUGAGAUCCAUACAGUUCCUGAUAAAACAUUCAUUGAUUUACAUUCAUUACAGGUUUUAAAAAUGAGCUAUAACCAAGUCAGAAUACUUCAGAAGGACACAUUUCAUGGUCUCAAGAGCUUGGUACGAUUGCACAUGGAUCACAACAGAAUUGAAUUUAUAAACCCAAAAGUUUUCUAUGGACUUACAUCUCUGAGGCUGGUUCAUUUGGAAGGAAAUUUACUUAGACAGAUUCAUCCAGACACUUUUGUCACCUUGAGCUACCUCCAGAUAUUUAAAAUAUCCUCCAUAAAGCAUAUAUACUUGUCUGACAACUUCUUAACUUCAUUGCCACAAGAUAUGUUUUCCUAUUUGCUUGAGUUAGAGAGUAUAUACCUUCAUGGAAACCCCUGGUCCUGUGAUUGUGAUCUACAAUGGUUUGCUGACUGGGUACAAAAGCAACAAGGUGUUGUGAAGUGCAAGAAAGACAGGGCUUCUUCUAGUACCCAGCAGUGCCCAGUUUGUGCUAAUCCCAGGAACUCCAAGGGCAAAAAUUUAGUUGAGAUUCCACCUGCUGAAUUAACUUGUACCAAGCCAGCCAUAGAUCCUUCCCUGAAGUUUAAAAACAUUACUUUGCCAGAUGAAGGGGACUUCACUUCUGUAUCUCCUAAAAAUUUCAUAGCUCCCAUAGGAUCUAUGAUCUUGAACAUGACUGACCAAACAGGAAAUCAGGCUAACUUGGUUUGCAAUGUUCAGAGACCUACAAAAAUGUUCCCAAUCUCAUUUGACAAUGGUGGUGACAAUGCAAUACUCAAAAUAUCAUUCUCAACAUUUCUCACAUGUGGCAUCGACUAUGAACAUAUUCAACAACUCUGGAGAAUAGUAGCCCUUUAUAGUAAUUCUCCUCUACAACUUGAAAGGAAGCUCCUGCUCACCAAAGUGCCUUAUAUUAGUUACAAAUACAAACAGAUUUACUCUGAGAAUGAAGAAGUUUUUACUAAUGUAGAGACUGAACUGAGAACUGAACCUGCUUGGCUGAUGCAAGGAGAAGUAGCUUUACAGUUAGACAGGACAGCAACUACACUCAGCACUCUGCAUAUCCGGUACCUAACUGAUGCUCAAAUCAUUUUGCCCAGUCCUGAUGAAAAAGAAGACAGGCAUAAUUGGGCCAUAAUUUCAAGAGACAAUAGGACAAGAUUGGAACAUACUGUUUUAAUUGGUGGGACGGUGGAACUAGACUGUCAAGCAUUUGGACAGCCUAUUCCUGUGAUUGAGUGGAUAUUAGCUGAUGGGAGCAAAGUUAGAGCCCCAUAUAUUGGUGAAGAUGGAAGAAUAGUAAUAGCCAAAACUGGAAAAUUCACACUACGCACAGCUGACACUUUUGACACUGGACUUUAUCACUGCAUAGGUACAAAUUACAAUGAUGCAGAUGUACUAACAUUUAGGAUUACUGUGGUUGAUCCUUACACAGAACUCAACAACAUAAAUGGGGCUCAGCUUUCUGCAUUUAUUGGUGACACACUCUACCUCCCAUGUCAGUCUAGUGGUGUCCCAGAUGCAUCUAUUAUUUGGAUCCUACCUGACCAUGUGGUUCUUCAUCAGUCCGCAAAAAACAAGCAUGUUUUUCACAAUGGGACGUUAAAAAUACAAAGGGUGACAGAUAAAGAUAGUGGCCAUUUUAGAUGUGUAGCAGCCAAUAAGUAUGGCGUUGAUUUUUUGAUUUUCAACAUACUCAUUAGAAGGAAUGAGAACAAAUCACAGAAACAAAAUGCAGCUCCAGAAGAGGAGGGAUCUGGUCAUAAGGUGCUUGAUGCUGUUACAACAGAUAAGAACCUUUUAGCUCCAGUGCGAACUUUAGUAACAAAUCAAGUAGGUACAAGCUCUUCACCUGGAAAUCAACCCAUACAGAAUGCAAACAGGAAUAAUUAUAGAGAAAUUACUUACAGGCGCAAUGGGGACAAAAUAAAAAGACGGCUUCAGGGCCAUAGGAGACAAUUUACUCCCUCCACUAGGAAAAUUGAUCCAAAACACUGGGCAGCAUUUUUAGAAAGAACAAAGAACUACUCCACGCUAACAAGAAAACAAGAAGAUGUCACAACAAAAGCACCAAUAUCAGUUUAUCAAUCCUCAAAAGCACCUAUGGAUGGGGAAGAAACAUCCGGGGGUGCUGUACCUCCUGAAGAGGAAUUUAUUACACUAGCAACUAAAACACCUAUUAUACCAAUUUUCAUUAAAGCAUCAGCAAAUGUUGUAACUUCUGAACCUGAAACAACUUCAGAUAGCACAAACUCCAAAACGUCUGUUACAGUUACAGGGGCAGUAAGUCCAAUAAUCAGUCCAUGGAUUACACAGACUGCUACACCUGAGAGCAAAAAAAUGCAUACAAAUCCAAAAUAUGGGGUCACAAAACUGAAAUCACUGGAAACUUCUGAACUUAAUCAAACAUCAUCAACUAAUAUGCAUUCAUUAACUACAUCCAAUCUAGCAAGUAGCACAACUCAAGGCUUUAACAAUGAACACAGAUUCAUGACUUCUGGGGAAAGCAAUCCCUAUUUAAAAACCAGAUCUACAACAUCAGUGGCAGAUCUUACUGAAGUUCCCAACCUUGUAACUUCCCAUAGCACAGCUGAAAAGCUCAAUAUAUUCACUGAGUCAAUCAAUAAGACUUCAACUAAAUCAGAUCAUCAGAUAUCUGUAGUGACAGUCAGCGAAUCAGACAAUGAAUUUGGUCACAUUUAUUUUCAUAGUACUCAAAAAAUAAUAACUCCUAAACUACCACUGGGCUCAACUAUUAUUACUCAUCAACAGAUUCAGAUAAUAAGAGAUGUUACAACACACACACCACAGUUCAGACGACGUUAUGGAAGACGAAGGAAAAUUUCGGCUAGGAGACGAAUUGUCAGACCAGAUCAAAUUCCAAGCUUCAGAGGGCACAAAUAUAAUUUUGUGAAAUCAGAAUCAAUGAGAGAAAGUAUGACUAUGACUCCAGAUAUACAGCUGGAUGCAAGCUGCCAAUCAUGUUCACCUAUCUUAACUUCUUCCAGCAGUCCUUCUUUUACCCAUCAUACAAACAUGCCCACUCCUUCAAGAACAGAUAUACCAGUGCUUGUGUCAGAACAACUAACAACAAAAACUGAAAACACAGUACUCCUUAUUAAAGGGAAAAAAAGACCUAUUGAAGAAAGAGAAAACACAACUCCUACAAUAAUGCCUUUCUAUAUAGAAAGCAUGCAGGAUCCCUCACUGAAGGAAUUAGAGGCUAGUGCGCCAUUGCAAACAUACACCAAUAGAAUCCCAUCUUUCAGUACCCAUCAUUCGACAACUGCAAUCCCUGCCCUUAGGGUAGCUGUAGAAACUACUCCUACUACAGGCUACAAGAUAUUUUCACCUGUUGCAUCAGUCCCAUACAAAAAUAGAACAUCUUCCCAAAUUUUAAGAGGAAAAAUUACUUGGCAACGCCUCUUUGGAAACACACACAUUGAAAAGGUGCUACUGAAGAAACCAUCCCAAAUACAAACCAGUACAGUGCCAUCAGUGGCAGUAACAAGGAUGUUUCCCCAAACCACAGAAGCUUUAUCCAUCUACAGAGUUUCUCCUUUACCUGUAACAACUAUUUUAGAAAACAAAAAUCAACCUGAUGAUUUCCUAUCUUUAACUAAACAUAGGAAUGAUGACAGUAGUACAUCAGGUAAAUAUAUUCCCACUACAUCCCUUACUAGUGCAGAACUAGCAUCUUAUUCCAGUCUUGCACCUGAUGUAAACCAAGGGACUGCAACAAAGCCAAUGCCAGUGUUUAAAUCUACAACUGCUGCCCCAACUGAAAUUAAAAUGACUAGAACCAAAACCAGACCAGGAAGGAAGAGAGGUCAUAGAAGGAAAAAACCUCAAAAGAAGAUUUUGGUAUCACAAAUCCAAAACAUUUUUACAGGUCACAGCACAAUCACAAGCUUAGCAAUGAAUACUUCACUGCCUUUCCUGACAACAGCUAAAUCUUUAAUUAAAUCCACCAUACCUGCACCCACAAUUUCUUUUUCUAAGAAUACAAGUGCAGUGUCAAUUACAAUGCCUCAACCACAGAUUCUUAGCACAAUUGACAUAACUAAUGUUUCAUCCAUAACUACCACACAGGCACCAGUGAGAGAUAUUAUACAUGAGAACACUAAAGCUGUUGAGGUAGCAUCUGAAACGUUCAUUACUCAAAUGCCUACCACUACAAUCCCAAUUAUGUCACAGUUUAAGCCUUUCAACACCCUCACUACAUUACCUACCUCAUCCAUUGUAACAUCUGAAUUGAUAUAUUUUGAACAACUUAAAAAACAACAGCAUAUGGGAGAGAAAGUCGUUCAGCAGAAACAUGUGGCAGAGGCAAUAUUUUCCAAUAAAGCCGGAUUAAGUAUGAAAACUCCUGUUGCAACUAUCCAUGGCAUCUACCCAAGCAUACAGCAUCCUACCCCACUAGCAUCCUUAAUAACAGCAACAUCACCAGCUCCCUGGCAGAAAAAUAAGUUUUGGCAUAAACUCUCUCCAGAUGUUCCAGAAAGGGGCAAAACAUUAACGGUUAAUACUCUGACUGUAUUAAAAUCUCCACAGAGCUCCACUCAAUAUGCUCCACCAUGGGAAAGGGACAAAGGUAAUUCUGUGAAAAGCUGGUCUGACAAGAGAGCAGAUCAAGAAGCUACUACUGCCAAUCCUGUAGCCUUGGACUUCUUUUAUAUGAAUAGAGUGGAAAAGCCCAGAAUUAUUGGUGGAAAGUUGGCUGCUUUUACUGUACCAGCCAACUCAGAUGCCUUUAUCCCUUGUGAAGCUACUGGUAAUCCUCCUCCAACAAUACACUGGACUAAAGUAUCAUCAGGAACUGAUGUGUCAAAAAGCAAACGUGACAACAGAUUUGAAGUAUUUGCCAAUGGUACCCUCUCCAUCCAGAAUGUGAACAUUCAGGACCGCGGACAGUACCUGUGUGUUGCUGCCAAUCAACAUGGCUCAGACAGGCUCCUGGUCACUUUGUCUGUGGUGGCAUAUCCACCCAGGAUCCUAGAAGGCAGGUCAAAAGUAAUCACUGUCCAUUCUGGAAAGCCUGUGGCAAUGAAGUGCAGAGCUGAAGGCAGACCUGUCCCUACCAUUUCAUGGAUUCUAGCAAACAAAACAUACGUCUCAGAAUCUUCUGUAGAAAGUAGGCAAGUUUUCAUACAACCAGAUGGCACACUAAUAAUCAAAGAAGUCACUGUUUAUGACAGAGGGCUUUACACAUGUCUGGCUAAUAACCCAGCUGGUACUGAUACACUGGCAGUAAAACUACAAGUGAUUGCAGCACCUCCCAUCAUCUUGGAAGAAAAGAGACAACAUAUUGCAGGAAUAAUGGGUAAAAGCUUGAAAAUACCCUGCACUGCAAAAGGAAAUCCUAUCCCAAGCCUUCACUGGGUGAUCUUUGAUGGAACAGUAGUGAAGCCUUUGCAAUUUAUAAAUGCCAAACUUUUCCUUUUUUCCAAUGGAACCCUCCAUAUAAGUAACUUGGUUCCUUCUGACAGCGGGAAUUAUGAAUGUAUAGCUACAAGCUCUACUGGCUCAGAGAGAAGGGUGGUAAAUCUCAUGGUGGAACAGAGAGAUACACUUCCCAGAAUAGAAACAGCAUCUCAAAAAAUGACACAGUUGAAUUUUGGGGAUAGACUGCUUCUGAAUUGUUCAGCUACUGGGGAACCCAAGCCCAGGAUAAUCUGGAGGCUGCCGUCCAAGGCAGUUGUUGACCAGGUACACAGAAUGGGAAGUCGAAUCCAUGUUUAUCCCAAUGGGUCCUUGUUUAUUGAGGCAGUUACUGAAAAGGAUGCAGGUGAUUAUCUGUGUGUGGCAAGGAACAAAAUUGGAGAUGACCUGAUACUGAUGAAAGUAAUUGUGACAAUGAAACCUGCCAAGAUUGACCAAAAACAAUAUUUUAAAAAGCAGGUGCCAUAUGGGAAAGAUUUCAAAGUGGACUGCAAAGCCUCUGGGUCACCUGAGCCAGAAAUAUCCUGGAGUUUACCCGAUGGUACAAUGAUCAAUAAUGUGAUGCAAGCUGAUGACAGUGGACAUAGGUCUCAGAGAUACAUUCUUUUUGACAAUGGAACUCUCUAUUUCAGUAAGGUUGGAAUAGCUGAAGAGGGAGACUAUACUUGCUAUGCCCAAAAUACUCUGGGAAAAGAUGAAAUGAAGAUACACAUUACAGUGGUAACAGCUGCACCUCGUAUAACACAGAAUCACAAGACCUACAUUAAAAUAAGAGCUGGAGAUACUGCAGUAUUUAAUUGUGAUGUUGUUGGAGAACCCAAGCCAAAAAUCUUUUGGUUGCUACCUUCCAGCGAUAUGAUCUCAACUUCAACGGAUAGAUAUUUGCUGCAGGCUAACGGGUCAUUGUCAGUCAGUAAAGUCAAACUGCUGGAUGCUGGCGAGUACAUAUGUGUGGCUCGUAAUCCUGGUGGAGAUGAUACAAAACUUUAUAAACUGGAUGUUGUUUCCAGGCCACCUUUAAUAAACGGUUUGUAUACAAAUAAAACAGUUAUUAAAGCAACAGCAGUAAAGCACUCAAAGAAGCAAAUACACUGCUGGGCAGAAGGGACUCCUUCCCCUCAAAUUAUGUGGAUUAUGCCUGACAAUAUUUUCCUAACAGCUCCAUACUAUGGGAGCAGAAUAACAGUACAUAAAAAUGGGACACUUGAGAUUCGGAAUGUAAGACCUUCAGACACAGCGGAUUUUAUCUGCGUGGCACGAAACGAUGGUGGAGAAAGUGUAUUGGUUGUACAGCUGGAGGUAUUAGAAAUGCUAAGGCGGCCAAUGUUCAGAAAUCCAUUCAAUGAAAAAAUAAUAGCAAAACCUGGGAAAAUUACUGUAUUAAAUUGUUCAGUUGAUGGAAACCCUCCCCCUGAAAUCAUCUGGAUAUUGCCUAAUGGCACACGGUUUUCUGGUGGGGCCAGAAUUUCUCGGUUUUAUACAGGAAGUAAUGGUACCCUCAUCAUUUAUAAUCCUUCCAGAGAUGAUGCAGGAAAGUAUCGCUGUGCAGCCAGAAAUAAAGUUGGCUAUAUUGAGAAGCUGAUCAUCUUGGAGGUUGGCCACAAACCCACUAUUCUUUUUUAUCCAAGAGGACCAGUAAAAGGUAUAAGCGGGGAAUCAUUAUCUCUUCAUUGUCUCUCUGAUGGAAACCCCAAGCCAAACACCAUAUGGACAGUACCAAGUGGCUAUGUCAUAGAUAGGCCUCAAAUUAAUGGAAAAUAUAUAUUGCUUGAAAAUGGUACUUUAGUUAUCAGAGAAACAACCAUUCAUGAUAGAGGAAACUAUGUGUGUAAGACUCAGAACAAUGCUGGCGACUCAUCUGCAACAAUCCCUGUGAUAAUUGUAGCCUUUCCCCCACGGAUUACAAACAGACCACCACAGAGCAUAAGAACAAUGGUUGGUGCAACAGUUCAACUCAACUGUAUGGCACUAGGGAUACCAAAACCAGAAAUUACAUGGGAGCUGCCUGACCAUUCAGUGCUUUCCACAGCUAGUAGAGGCCGACCAUCCGGAAGUGAACUGCUUCACCCACAAGGGACAUUAGUCAUCCAACAUCCAAAGCCUUCAGAUUCUGGCAUGUACAAGUGCACAGCUAAGAAUCAGGUUGGCAGCGAUUUCACAACAACAUAUAUUCAAGUCAUCUGAAAUGAGAAAAAUACUCUGAACAAUUGUUAAAGGUUACAUCUGGACUGAGUUUAUUUUUGGAAAAAGUUUAAUCAAAGGCAGCCAUAAGCUUGUAAGUGAACCUGAACACAUUCACAGUAUUCAGUUUACAACGAACAUGCGAAAAAGAAAGACUUGGAGUGGAGGAGGAAAGGGAAGUCUUGCAUUAUAAAACAGCAUUGAUUUCUUCAAUGACUAAUGGACUUAAACAAAAUCUAACUUAAGGCACUUUUAUUUUGCCAAGAAGCAGUGAGUAUCAAACUGCUUUCCAGAAAAUGUAACUGAAAGUCUUCAGUUAAGGAUGGAGAUUUUUUUAUAUUGGUUUUUUACUGCCCAUUUUGUAUCAUUAUUAUAAGCAUGGCAAACAUUCAAAAGUAUUUAAAAAUAGAAGAACAGAUUUUAUUGUGAUUUAAAUUACCUUAUUGACAUGUAUGAAUAUUUUGUAAUUCUUUUAUAAAUAUUUCACAGAAAACCAGUAUUGAGCUAUUUUUAAUAAUAUGACAUUCUUUUACACUUGAACUUUCCUUCUUUGUUCAAAAAAUCAAAAUAGUUUAAUAGUGCUUUCAAAAGAGACAAUAAAGAUUCUAUAUGUAUUUGUUAAAAACUGAAAAAGCAACUAAACCUACAGAUUCAAACCAUAUAGGCUGGUAUAGCAUGCCUUUUGUCAAAAGUCAGCUUCUAAAGAUUUCAAACUAAAAAUCAUGUCAUAUAUGUUAGAAUACAGGUGGCUUCAUCCAAUGGAAAAUUGUAUUCCCAAAAAGCUAAUUCCUUUAAGGCAAUAACGAAAUGCCUAUUUAAAUGUUCUUCACCAGAAAAGACUCUAGGACUUCAGGAGCCAAAUAAACCUCAGAAGAUUAAACUAACAAUAGCAAAGUCAGAGUUCACAAUUCAUACGCUCUCAGGUAGAGGUAUUAGUGUCUGUAGAGACCAGGGUCACAACUUUUUAACUUCAUUACAGAACAUGAUUAUCUGCAGAGAAAAUGUAUCCAAAACUCACAGAUUAUGUGACAUAUUUGUAGAAUGGAAUCUCCUCAAUAUUACUCCCCAUGGUCUCUGCCAUAUUAACAGCAUGGAAAGCUGGUUUUACUGCUGUUCGUCCCUAGGUCUAUAAAAAUGUCAGUCUUUGACUAUUUCCAGUGGGAAUCAUAGGUUGCAAAGUAGAAGGUAAUGCUGCCACAAGAGAGCAUUAGCUCUUACAGUAGUUAAUACAGAAAAUAGCAUAUUUGUGGGAAGGGUACAGGAUAAAACACCUGCUGCCAUUCUAUACCACACCAGCUCCUACAUCAAUGAAAUGCCUAGAACAAUUAGAAAGUAAUAUUGCUUGUAAGAUACUGCUACAAUAAAACUCCUACACGCUAAGAAAGGACUUAAAAAAUCCUUAAACAUCUCUCUAAUUAAUCUAUGGGAAAUCUAAUACUUAAGAAAAUUAGAACAUGCUCAGAGGCCCCUUGCACACAUGUUUUUGGCAUGAUUAAUAUAUUAAUCUCAUCAUAAAUUGCAACAUGCCACACAUUCACCCAAUGCACGGUGCCAUAAAAUACGGAACAUUUUUGGGUCUGGUUUGUAUACCGUGUGGCAUGUGUCCCAGACCCAAGAUUGUCAGGGGUCCAGUGCUAAGAAGCAGCUGAUUCUCACUUGUGGGGUCAGGCUGAGGGGAGUCCCAAUUCAUCCCUGGCAGUCAAGUAAUUGGAAUCUGAGGAAUUUUAUGCCCCUUACUAAAUACUGUGCAUCCUGUUGUGCAUGUCAGCAGCAUUUGGGAUGAGGUAUAAUAUGGGGUAUAGCAUUUCUUAGAUCCCAAUCUCACCAAUGUUUUAACUUGUGGUAAGGACCAGAGAGUUCCCAAAUUUUCAGGCCAGGUAUACCUCUUGACUAAAUGUCAAUCAACUGAGGAAGAACCUUAAAAGCAGGCCACAAGCUAAAUUUUAGUUGAUUCUUUUGUAGUAAAUUGAUGACUUCCUUAAGUUAGCCACUUGUUUCAUCCUUCCCUAGAAUUGAUGGUGCAUUAGAGGCAAAUUGGUUGGAUAAAAUUUUGCUGGUAAUUCUCAGUAAUACUGUUGCCAACCUAAUCAAGACCCAGUAAAGGGGUAAAAUUUAAAAAAAUGAACAAUUCCAUCACCCGUAAAUUAAAGGGAAGUAAUCUGUACCUUCAGAAAAUGAUAGUUUAUCUUUAAAUUUAAAAGCAAAUUAACCCAUUUAGGUGGUAGUAUGUCUUUUUGUCCAUUGUACCAUUGGAGAGUUACUCUAGUAUACAAUUUGACUAACACACAUUUGCUCUGAGGUUUAAAGAAAUCAUGGGAUGUCUGAGCUUUCUAGCCAGCACCAAAACCUUGGGACCUAAGGGCUGCUAUUUAUUAUUUUUGAGAGCUUCUGUGUCAGUUAGACCCUUUUAGUGAAUAAACUGGACUCUCACAAAGCCAAAACUAUGUGGAGUUUCACAUGACACAGGUAGCUUAGAAUAAUUUUUUACUGACUAAGACUUCUGAGACUACUGAAACGUGAUCGUACUAGGGUUUCUUUUUUGUUUAACCCAAUUUUAAAUCCACCUUGCUCAGGGGAAAAAAAAGAUUAGAAACUCAUCUUGCUUCUAACAUUUUCAAUAUUAUUAACUUGUGAAUGCAUACUUAUUCUACAAAUGAGACAUGAAGCUCAAAGUCUGUCCUCUGUUACAAUCAUGUAACUACGCUGAAAAUCAGUAAUGUUACAUGGGUAAAUGAGGACAAAAACGGAUCUGACACAGAAUAUGCAUAACUGUACUGAUAAAUUUGUAGCAAAAUGAAGUCAUUUGAAAAGACAAUGAUAUCAAUUUGCAUCCGGCUUCUUUGAGACAAUACUUGAAGUACAAAAAAGGAAAAAAUAAAUUUAUAAGUAAAUAUCAACUUUGUGAACACACACAGUACAUGUUAGCUUUGUGGAAUCAGUGGCCCUUAUUUUUUGACAAAAUUCUGUUCCAGCGCAAAGAUGGUCAAGACAAGAAAUCCUUAGCUAAAAAUUUUCACAAUAUACAAAGAAAGCUACAAGAAUUUUAUUAAAGUAAAUAUGCUGACAUCUGCUAGAAGUUACUUCUAUUAGUGAGACUUUGCAACAUGGAAUUCACACUUAAAUACAAAUGAUAAACUUUCAAUUUUUAUACAAAGUUAACUACUUAUCAAACUUAUUUGGCUGUACUGUCUCUCUCAGUUAAUUGAAGCUUGUUAGUGGAGACUCUGCAGGAUGUCUCUUGAUACUAUAUUGUAAACUAUUCAAAUGGCAAAUGAAAAGAUGAGUUAGUACAAAACAUAAAAAUAAAUGUAUUUUUAAAUACCCUGAAUAUUUCACAAUCAAAAUGUGCAUACCUAGUUCUAAACAAGGUCUCAUGGAAUAACUUGAAUCACAUAAAGCAAUAGUAAACUUAUUCUGAUUAUUUAACACCAAUAUGAAAAAAAUGUACCACAUAUUUGAACAGGUUGAAAUAGUUACUAUUUUUUUGUGAUUUUGUACCAAAUCUGUAAAUACAGUCUGCAUUUCACAACCAAGACUCAUUCAGCACUAAGAGUCAAAUAGAAAUUUUUAAAUACUUACCAUACAAAAUAAAUAGUAGAGACAUUCUGACAGGA